AUCCUGUGUCUAUGUUUCUGUAGAUGACAGUAUGUCCGGAGCGAGUGUCUCAGAUGUCAACGACCGUCUUUCUGCUCUGGAACUUCGUGUUCAGCAGCAGGAAGAUGAGUUGACGGUGAUGAAAGCCGCUCUCGCUGACGUCCUUCGCCGCCUUGCUGCCUCUGAAGACUCUGCUGCCUCCGCAACCAAGAAACAGCAUGGAGGGAAAGGCAGUGCUGCACUACGUGAAGCCUAUUCGAUGUCUUGUAUUGCUAAUGGAGGCACAUCUGGACGAAAGAGAGACUCCACAUCCGUCACCAGGAAGGAGACGUUGUCAUCUGCCGCCAAGAGUGUGAAGCGGUCCUCAGGUAUGGAGCGUUCUCAGAGCAGCACCUGGGACACAUCAGAGGAAAACAGGAACAAACUGGUGAAAGCUGCGUCCACCUCCAAACUGCUGGCCAAGGUGGUGAAGACUGCAGACAGACACAAAGACCCGGUGGUCAGUCAAGAGGGGAAUCACAUCAAGAUGUUCAUGCGGGGCCGACCAAUCACCAUGUUCAUCCCGUCAGACGUGGAGAACUAUGAGGAUGUUCGCUCAGAACUUCCCUCCGAGAGGCUGAAGCUGGAGUGGGUGUACGGUUACCGUGGCAGAGACUGCCGAGCCAACGUCUACCUGCUUCCCACCGGAGAGAUCGUCUACUUCAUCGCCUCCGUCGUCGUUCUCUUCAACUACGAGGAACGAACUCAGAGACAUUACCUGGGACACACCGACUGCGUGAAGUGUCUGGCCAUCCAUCCCGAUAAGAUCCGCAUCGCUACGGGACAGAUCGCAGGAGUGGACAAAGACGGACGGGCCCUGCAGCCCAACGUCCGCGUGUGGGACAGCGUCAGUCUUUCUACUCUGCAGGUCAUCGGUUUGGGAACUUUCGAGCGAGGCGUCGGCUCGCUGGCUUUCUCUAAAGCUGACUCUGGUCAGCACCUGAGUGUGAUUGACGACUGUAACGAUCACAUGCUGACAGUUUGGGAUUGGCAGAAGAAGUCAAAGAUCGCUGAGAUCAAGACCACUAACGAGGUGGUCCUGGAUGUGGAGUUCCACCCCACAGACCCAAACACCAUCGUCACCUGUGGAAAGUCCCACAUCUUCUUCUGGACCUGGACCGGGACCUCGCUGGCCCGUAAGCAGGGCAUCUUCGGGAAAUACGAGAAGCCGAAGUUCAUCCAGUGUUUGGCCUUCCUGAGUACCGGAGACAUCCUGACCGGAGACUCUGGAGGAGUCCUGCUGGUCUGGACCAGGAGCUCUGCAGAGACCCCCACCGGGAAGGGACCCAGAGCGUUUCAGAUCAAUCGGCAGGUCAAAGGUCAUGAGGGCAGCGUGUUCUGUAUGUGUGAGAUGCGGAGCGGCACUCUGCUGACCGGAGGAGGGAAAGACCGACGGAUCGUCCUGUGGGACCACGAGCUGCGAGCGGAGCGGGACAUCGAGGUCCCGGAUCAGUACGGAACCAUCAGAGCCGUAUCCGAGGGGAAGGGGGACGAGUUUCUGGUCGGGACGUCACGAAACUUCAUCCUGAGAGGAACCUUCAACGACGGCUUCACGGUGGAGGUCCAGGGUCACACAGAUGAGCUGUGGGGUUUGGCGUCUCACCCGACCAGAGAGAUGUUUCUGACGUGCGCUCAGGACCGGCUCGUAUGUGUCUGGAACUCGACCAAUCACAGUCUGCAGUGGAGCCGCACGCUAGAGGAACAUGGACACUGUGCAGACUUCCAUCCCAGCGGAGCCGUGGUCGCCAUAGGAACGCACUCAGGAAAGUGGUACGUCCUGGACGCUGAGAGCACCGACCUGGUGGCGAUCCACACCGACGGGAACGAGCAACUGUCCGUCAUGCGCUUCUCCAUAGAUGGCGGUCUGCUGGCUGUCGGAUCCCAUGAUAACUUUAUUUACCUGUACACCGUGUCAGAGCGAGGACGCAAGUACAGCCGCUAUGGGAAGUGCACGGGACAUUCCAGCUACAUCACACACCUGGACUGGUCACCUGACAACAACUUCAUCAUGUCCAACUCUGGAGACUACGAGAUCCUCUACUGGGAUGUUCCAAACGGAUGUAAACUGAUCAGAAAUCGUUCAGAGUGUAAAGACAUCGACUGGGCGACCUACACCUGCGUGCUGGGAUACCACGUGUUCGGUGUGUGGCCGGAGGGAUCAGACGGCACUGACAUCAACGCUCUGAUCAGAUCUCACAACAGGAAGGUGAUCGCGCUGGCUGACGACUUCUGCAAAGUUCACCUGUUCGCCUACCCAUGCUCCACCCCCAAGGCUCCCAGUCAUAAGUACAGCGCCCACAGCAGUCACGUGACCAAUGUCAGCUUUCUGUAUAAUGACAGUCACCUGAUCUCAACGGGCGGGAAGGACACCAGCAUCAUGCAGUGGCGUCUGGUGGAGAAGUCCUCCCUCUCUCUGACUGACGGCCUCCUCUCUAACUCCACCCCCCGCAGAGUGGACGCUAUCUUCACUCCACCCUUUCCUGCAACAGUCACGCCCACCCAGGAACCCGUCCCUCCCCUGACGGCUAACGGGACCCAAGAACCUUCCCCAGAAACCCCACCACCCACAGAGCUAGACCCGCCCCCCUCAGAGUUAACCCCGCCCCACUCCGAGUCGACCCCGCCCCCCUCUGACAGCACAGUGAGUCUGAAGGACAGCCUGGAUCCGAGUGACGACACGGCCACGCCCAGCGACGAGGGGCUGCCCCCCCUCACCCCCCCCUCAUAGAGGCUAUCGCCCAGUGUGUGUGAGAGAGAGAGUGAGUGAGUACAUCUGUCUUUGUGAGGACCAGUUUUAGACCUUCGGUAUGAGGACGUCUGCAUUUGCAAUGUGAGGAACAGUUCAGUUUUAGGCCUGUGCUGUGAGGACAUGCUGUGUGAGGAGGUCUGUGAGGAGGUCUGUGAAGAGGUCUGUGAGGGGGUCUGGGGUCUGUGAGGAGGUCUGUGAGGGAGUCUUGGGUCUGUGAGAAGGUCUGAGGUCUGUGAAGAGGUCUGUGAGGGGGUCUGAGGUCUGUGUUUAUGAGGACAUUUUGGUUGGUCCUCACUUUGGCUUAUUUAGGGUUCAGAUUUGGUUUCAAGGUUAGAGGUUAAGGUUUUGGUUUAGGUUCAGUUUGGGAUCAGGGGUCCUCACAAGGAUAGAAGUACAAACGUAUGAGUGUGUGUGUGGGUGUGUGUGGGUGUGUGUGGGUGGGGGGUUUGAACCUGCAGCCGCAGUCACAUCUUUUUCUCAACAAUCAGCUGUUAGAAUAAAUGUUCCUUCGGUUUUAACAAACAUGUGAUGUCACAGUUUUAAACACCUGGAGAGUGGAACCCUGAUUUACCUGCAGAGACUGGAGAAGGAAAAGUUACCUGUCACACCUGGGGACUAACUUUCAUCCCUAAAACCCUUUUAGUUUGGUUGAAAAAUGUCACCUUGGUGUGUUCAGAUGUUUUGUACCUGAGCAGCUGACAGGUAGGAACACCUGAACGAGGUGAAGAAGACGCACCAAGGUGAGAUUUCUGCUGAAGGAUUUUGAAACAAAAUGUUUUUCUUCAACAAGACUUGAAGAAUAAAAAGCAGCGUGCAGGUGUAGAAGGUGAACCUCAGGUAACUUUCCCUCCUCCAAUAAGAGCAGAGCAGUUGAACAGGAAGUGUCAGAGAGAACCUGCAAGUCUUAAAUGUGUUUUAAAUUAGGUUAAAAACUGCCUCUAAUCAAUGUUUUUAUUGCUGUGUUAUAGAUUAUUGAUUAUUGGUCUUUAUCAAUCAGUGAUCAAAGGAAAAGUAUGAAAUGUGCUGCGAACAGUCUGAACAAAUAAAAGCAGGUAAAAGACACUCAUUCAUUCCACUCAGCUUUGUUAUGCUUUUACUUUGUUAAACUCGGACAGCUCAAUACUUCCUGGGGAUGUUUCACAAUAAAAGCCAUUUGGAAAGAGAUGGUACAAUGGAAGGCUUUUAAUGUGAAACAUACAGGAAGUAUCUACUACAGAGGACUAACAAGAGAACAGAAAUAAACGUGUGAAAGAGAAGUGAGGACAUGUUCAUGAACGCAACUCGAACCCCAAAAACUGAACAAAAUGUAAACAGGAAGGUCAGACGUGUCACGAUGCAGGUUUCUCUGCAGCUGCAGCAGAUGUUUCAGGCUGCAGGUUUCUCUGCGGCUGCAGCAGAUGUUUCAGGCUGCAGGUUUCUCUGCGGCUGCAGCAGAUGUUUCAGGCUGCAGGUUUCUCUGCGGCUGCAGCAGAUGUUUCAGGCUGCAGGUUUCUCUGCGGCUGCAGCAGAUGUUUCAGGCUGCAGGUUUCUCUGCGGCUGCAGCAGAUGUUUCAGGCUGCAGGUUUCUCUGCGGCUGCAGCAGAUGUUUCAGGCUGCAGGUUUCUCUGCGGCUGCAGCAGAUGUUUCAGGCUGCAGGUUUCUCUGCGGCUGCAGCAGAUGUUUCAGGCUGCAGGUUUCUCUGCAGCUGCAGCAGAUGUUUCAGGCUGCAGGUUUCUCUGCAGCAGCUUCAGGUCUGUCUGUAUAUACUGCGGAUAUCUGUGUGUAUAUUUCUGGUCACCACCAGGGGGCAGCAGCUUCUUAGCUACUCUGUAAAACAUUAUUCAGAUUCAAAACUAAUUUUCAACAGGUCAGCCAAUCAGGUGAGAGGAUUCCAUCUAUCCUCAUCUGAUUGGCUGAAUUUUAGGACUGAGGGAAUGAAUGCUGAAGAUGUUUUUUGUCUGUCUUUGUCACUUCUGGACCAUUUCUGUUCAAAAAGUUUUCUGAAUGUCAGGAUGAUGUCAUUAUUUUAGGGAGGGAGGGGUCGUGGGGGGGGGUUCCUGUUCUUGCCUUUUUAAUAGUCAUCUGUCUGUCUUCGUGUUUUCUACGCUCGUCUCUGAAGGGCUUGUACAGAGUUCAGGACUCACCUGGAUGUUCAGGGAGGGGCGGGGCUAGGGGCGGGGUCUUGUGGGAGUUUCUGGAUUAAAGUGUUUGUUUAUUUUCAGCGUUCAAUAACGACAUUGAUACCAUGAUGAUGAUGAUGAUGUUCAUGUGACGAUAUUUUGAGCCAAUCAUGUCUUCUCUCAUGCAUUCCUGUCAGACGACAGACUGUACUGAAGAUUUCAACAAAAAAAUGCAAAUAAAUGUUUUUGAAAACUG